CUUGACUAAUUCUGGUACUUAGCAGCUCAUAGACAGGGACGGUUGAAAGCAACCAGUGUUUACGGUGGGGAAGACUGUUGAUAUAAACAGGCGCCCCCGAGGUAAGCGACACUAAUCUCCUGCCCGAGGGGAAGCCGGAAUGAGCGUCUCUCCGAGCCUGGCCGUGGUCCAGUAGCCUCUGCCCCCGCCAGCCCGCCCGACGCGACCAUGGCCACCUUAGCCAGGGGCAGCUUCACCGUGCGGAGCCUCUUGGAUUUACCUGAGCAAGAAGGCGGCGGCGGCGGCGGCAGCGAGGGUCAAGAACCGGCAGAAAGCUACGCCGCCUCUCCCUUCCGAGCGUGGAUGGAAACCGAAAGAAGCCACUAUCUCUCAUCGGACGACAGCGGCGCCGAGAGCCGACCGCGCCCGGCCGCCGCCUCGACCCGGCAGGCAGCGCGGGAGGAAGACGAGGAGAAGCUGAAGAAGAAGCGGCGGGUGCUCUUCUCCAAGGCGCAGACGCUGGCUCUGGAGCGGCGCUUCCGGCAGCAGCGCUACCUGUCGGCGCCGGAGCGGGAGCAGCUGGCGCACUUGCUCCGCCUGACGCCCACCCAGGUCAAGAUCUGGUUCCAGAACCACCGCUACAAGAUGAAGCGCGCCAAGGGCGGCGAGCGGGGCGGCGCGGGGAGCGGCCCGCCUCUCAUGCGGCGGGUGGUAGUUCCGGUGCUGGUGCGGGAUGGCAAGGCCUGUCAAAGCUGCACCGGCGCCGCCCCCUCGCGAAGCCCCUGCGGGCCCCAAGCGGCCUUCAACCUGCCCGGCUACUCGCCAUUUCCGCAAACCUCCUCCCUGGGCCUUUUCCCCGCCUACCAGCACUUAGCGCCGCCUUCCUUGGUAUCCUGGAACUGGGGCUGAGGAGGAGCCGGAGGGCUGGUCGGCUGGCGGGCCACCUGCCUCCCUGGACAACUGGAUCGGCUCCCUUCCUAGGAAGAGACCCUGGCCUUCGCCUAGCCCGACGGGGACUUUUGUUGGCGCGCUCGGGACUUGGACUCCAAUAGAACUAGUUUAGAGUAAGGUUGGCGGGUUGCAGACCUUUCCUAACAAUAUAUAUAUUGUUAGGAUGAAAUGGGAAAUAAGAGGGUCAUUUCAAUAGGGCUGCCAAUCCUGUGGCCUCCAGUGGUGUGUAUAGCCUUCUUGCAAAAAGUGAGGCCCUCUAUGUAAAUGUACAGAACAGAGACAAAAAGGUUGCAAUUCUGCAGCUUGCCCAGAAGUAAGUCUGAUUGCUGUGUAGGGAUCCUUGGCAAUUACUUCCCAAGAAGGCUUGUGGAGAUUUGCAUUUUGGCCUUACAACUUUGAAAUCAUCCAGGUUAAUUCCCGCAUAUAUACGCACCACCUUUUCAGAACACAGUAAAGGCUUUCAAAUUCAGAAGCAUAUUUUUACAGGACAAAUGGGAGUUUGUCAUCCAGGAACAAUUGUCUUGGGUUCCUUAAUAGAAUAGAAGAAAGUGAAGUUAGGACGUAGAAUGAUUUGGGAAUAAAAUCAAUGGAAGCCUAAUUGGAAGCAUCAAAAACAAUGGGUGACUGCACAAUACCUGCCAAACCUUCCUUUUGACCUUGUUUUAAGAAUCUAGAAAAACCGACAUAAGGAACCAGUUGUAUUUCAAUUGAAGUGCAGCAGAUAAAGAGCAAUCUGUGUUGGAUGUAGUUUCAGUUUUUAAAUAAUUCUACUCAUGGGGGUUGCUCAAAAUUAAUUUCUCUAGGUAACUAUCAGUACCCUCUGGUGGAAGAGAGGAGAUUUAAAAACAUGUAUUGGGAUGAUUGGUUCAAACUCCUUAGAAAUGCUUUGUGGCAUUUUGUUUAAUACAAUGAGGUCAUACAUUUACGUCUCAGAAGUAAACCUCGCUGGACUUAAAGGGCUUUUCUUUGAGUAGUUAUGCACUGUAACAAAUGUGUUCCUCAACAAAUUGUAUGGAUUGAAGUCCAGUUGGCAAGUACGCAUUACAAGGAUGGUAAUUGAAUAACCAGAGUUUAAAUGGUAAAUAAAAUGCCAAAUGUACAACCUGCUGGGACACAAAAGUAAAUAAAUUUUAGACAAGAUCUGUGGCACACAAUUGAACAAAUAAAUAAAA